CUCAUUAGAAUAUGCGUGAGGAAAAAAUAAUAACGCAGGAGGAAGUGUGUAUGUCAUGCUGGACCGUUGAAGAUCUCUGUAACUGGAGUCGAGUUGCCAGGAUUCAUUCAAACAUUUUAGAAAAGCAAAAGCGGCCAAUAUCAUAUGUCUCCGCCCUCUGUAAUGUUGCUGGACGAGACGCCCUUAUUUGAUCCUUCUCUGCUUCAAGAGCUGGACUGGAGUAGCAACACCGUCUCCUUCUCGCCUCCCAUUUCUCCCUCUCAGCCGGGAGAUGGUCUGGUGCUCCGUCCUCUCUGUACUGCUGACCUAGACAGAGGCUUCUACAAGGUCUUAUCACAGCUCACGGUGGCUGGAGAUGUCACAGAAGAACAGUUCAAAGCAAAUUUUGAACAUAUGAAGAAAUCUGGAGACUAUUAUGUCAUAGUGGUGGAAGACACGAAUCUUGGACAAAUUGUUGCCACAGCAACACUUAUCAUAGAGCACAAAUUCAUCCACGCUUGUGCAAAGAGAGGGCGUGUAGAAGAAGUGGUUGUGAGCGAUGUAUGCAGAGGGAAACAGCUGGGAAAACUGUUGGUAUCAGCAUUGACUCUCCUCAGCAAAAAAUUGCAGUGCUACAAAGUAACACUGGAGUGUGCGCCAAAAAAUGUGGAAUUUUAUAAAAAGUUUGGCUACUCCGCUUCAGAUGAGACUUACAUGCAGUGCCGGUUCUUUGACUGAAUCCAAAAGAUUCUUUAGAACUCUUAAUCUGUUCUAUUCUCUGAGAAUCCUAGAUCAGACUACCUCGAAGAUUUCACCUUUUUUAGCCAGCAAAAAAAGAAAAAAUCAACUUAAUAAUUUGGUGACCAGUGAUAAUAACAAAAUAUUGUGAAAUAAGCAUUUUGAAUUCACUACAACACAGAACAAUGGGUAUAUUCAUGAAUGUUCUUUCUAAAUGUCAACAUCAAGCACUUGUAGAGAAAGCUGUAGAAAUCUGAUCUGAUCAUAUGCAGAAUGUGUGGCUUACACUGACAGCCACAAAAAGUAACACUGUGUUCUGUUAAAGAGAACAGACAAAAUGGUUUUGUUUUAUAGAAGAAGGGCUUAUGUACUUGAAUAUUUUCUAAUGUAAAGAUUUCUAUACAAGGUUUUUUUUGUUAGAGGGAAAACGUUUGUAAUUACAAAAACUGUUUCAAACAAUUUACAAAACUGUUUAAGGCAUAUUUCCCUCUUUUACUUAAUGUUAUUGUGCUUUAAAAAAAUACCAAAACUCAAAUCACAUUUUCAUGCUAUGAGUGAGUCCUACAGAAGCUGUAUUGAAUCUAUUUUAUCUUAUUUCGAUUUCUCUUGCAGGUACUCAUCUUCAAUGUAGAGAACAUUUAAUAGAAAGAAAAUAGUUUACAUUUAUUUAUUAUGCGUAUGUAUUUUCUCAAUUUUGGCUCUAGUCUUAGCCACUGGUGAUGCUGAAUCAUUAGUUGUGUAUCAAACCUAAUGAAGGAAAAUAAAUUAUUUUGAAAUAUA